AUGUCCUCUGAACAGCUUGUCCUCUUUGAUCUCCCAAGCCAGAAUGGUGCCUGGUCUCUCAACCCAUGGAAGACUCGAUUUCUCCUGAACUUCAAGGGCAUCGACUACAAGACUGAAUGGCUCGAAUAUCCUGACAUCAAGCCGACUCUUGAGCCUCACAUUUCCGCCAACCCAGCCACCGGAACAUGGACGAUCCCUACUGUCAAGUUCCCCGAUGGAACUUACAUUAUGGACUCGGCCAAGAUCCUUGAGCGAAUUGAAAAGGACUGUCCUGAACCCUCCGUCCACAAGGACUCGCCUGUCCUUACCAAGCUCUUCGAAAUCAUGCCGAACAUUAUGGCCGCCCUCCGACCCAUCUACUUCACCCACGUCCCCAAACACAUUCUCAACGAGAAGAGUGUUCCUUACUGGCAGGAGACCCGAACCGAGGCGGCUGGAGAGCCUCUCGACGAGCUUUACAAGAGAGAGGGCGGCCAACAGGCAUGGGAUAAAGCUAAGCCACAUGUGCAAGAGGUCGAGGCUCUCCUCAAGGAGAACUCCGAAGGCCCAUUCUUCCUAGGAAAGACUCCUAGCUAUGCUGAUUUUGUCUGGGGUGGUUUCCUCAUCUUCAUGCAGCGCAACCAGAUCAUUGAUGAGGUGUACAAGAUCAGUGGUGAUGCUCAGCUUCACAAGGACCUCCUAGAGGCUACUGCUCCUUGGCACAAGAGGAACGACCACUAA